ACCAAAGUGAUGCUUGUUGGAUCGAAGAACCAAACGCUCGCCAAACUCAACUCAACUCGAUCGUACUUAUCUUGUUUGGUUCUCCGACGAGAUUCUCACUCGCAGGUUCGUGCCAACCCCGACGAUGAUCGCCGGAGAAGAGGGUACGAGAGGAAUUUUGGAAUCGAUGGGAAGAAGAAGGAACAUGAUGGUUUGUUUCUGUGCAAGAGCAAAGGCCAGCACCUUCUUACCAACACCAGAAUCCUAGACGCCAUUGUCCGUAGCUCCGAUGUUAGGCCGACCGAUACCGUCUUGGAGAUCGGACCUGGUACCGGAAAUCUCACCAUGAAGCUUCUUGAAGCUUCUCACAGUGUCGUCGCCGUUGAGUUAGAUAAGCGUAUGGUGGAGAUUCUCCGCAAAAGGGUUUCCGACCAUGGUUUUGCUGAUAAGCUUACGAUUAUUGAAAAAGACGUUCUGAAGACAGAUUUCCCUCAGUUUGAUCUCGUGGUUGCAAACAUUCCGUACAACAUAUCUUCUCCUCUUGUGGCGAAGCUUGUAUACGGCUCCAAUACGUUUCGUAGCGCCACGCUCUUGCUUCAAAAGGAAUUCUCUCGCCGGCUCCUGGCAAAUCCAGGAGAUUCCGAUUUCAACAGGUUGGCGGUGAACGUGAAGUUGGUAGCUGAUGUUAGAUUCGUUAUGGAUGUGAGUAAAAGAGAGUUUGUUCCACCGCCUAAAGUCGAUUCAUCCGUAGUUAUGAUCACGCCAAAGGAGGUCAAACCAGAUGUUAAUGUUCAAGAAUGGCUGGCAUUCACUCGCACCUGUUUCGGGAAGAAGAAUAAGACGCUUGGUUCCAUGUUUAGGCAGAAGAAGAAGGUCAUGGAGUUGCUGAGUUUGUCUGCAGGGAGGAAUGGUUCGAAUGUUGGGGUUAUGAAUCAGACAUGUGGUGAUUUUGAGAGCGAUGAUGAAGAUGGGAGAGGUAAGGUGUUGUGUUUGGAUACAGAUGCAAGCAUGUUCAAGGAAAGGGUGAUUGGAAUUCUGAGAACUAAUGGGUUCGAAGAGAAGAGACCAUCGAAGCUUUCUCACGGCGAGUUGUUGCAUUUGCUUUCUUUGUUUAACCAAGCCGGCAUUUUUUUCCAUGAUGUUACAUCAUCACCGAUAAUAGAUCUACACGAAUAAUUCAGGAUUUUAUUUUGGUAGAACACUUUCACUUUGAAUAUAUUUUUCUCUGAAGAUGA